AUGGCCGUCGUUGAUGCCACCAUCCUCUUCCUCUUCCUUGCCAUUGGCAUCGUCGUGCAUGCUCUCUUGAAGCACAAAAGGCUACCUCUUCCUCCGGGCCCCCGUGGCUUACCGCUGUUGGGUAACAUCUACGAUGUUCCGACGAGUAAGGAGUGGCUCGCGUAUGAACAAUGGGGUCGUGACCAAGGCUCUGAUGUGGUGUACCUCAAUCUCUGUGGCAACUCAGUUGUCAUUGUCAACUCCAUCGAGGCAGCAUAUGAGCUCUUCGAAAGGAGGUCAUCUCUCUACUCUGAUAGACCCCGUAUGACGAUGCUCAACGACUUAGUUGGAUGUGAUUGGCACUUCGUGUUCAUGGGCUAUGGCGAUCGAUGGAGAGAACGGCGGAGGGUUUUUCAUCAGCAUUUCCAUCUCACCGCUGCAUUACAAUACCGUCCGAGAGCUCUCAAGGGUGCAAGGACUCUUCUUCGACGUCUUCUUGAGAACCCGGAUGAUUUCAUGAUCCACCUUCGUCAUAUGGCUGGAGCAUUGAUCGUCGGCGUUGCUUAUGGAUUGGAGGUGCAACCUCAAAAUGACCCGUAUGUCGCAACCGCAGAAAAAGCUCUUCACGCGAUGGCCAUGGCUGGAAAUGCAGGAUCCUAUCUAGUUGAUUCGGUCCCGUUUCUAAAAUACAUACCAGAGUGGUUCCCAGGGGCUAAAUUCAAGCUGAAGGCCAAAGAGUGGCGAAAAUCCACUACUGCGAUGGUUGAAGUGCCUUUCAAAGCUGUGAAGAAGGCUAUUUCCGAUGGAAUUGCCGCUCCAUCAAUGAUCUUGUCCCUCCUCAGCGGAUUAGACGACGCGGAAGAUAACUCGGAUAUGGAGAGCUUGUACAGUGGCGUCGCCGCAGCUGCUUAUACAGGCAAGUUCUCGCAUCGCUCGAUGACUACCACUGUCUCAGCACUGGGAUCAUUCCUCCUCGCUAUGCUCCUCUAUCCCGACGUCCAACGAAAGGCGCAACAGGAGAUUGAUCGUGUGACCGGCGGUGGUCGCCUGCCUGACUUCACGGAUGAGAGCUCACUCCCAUACGUGACCGCUAUCAUGCGUGAGGUACUCAGGUGGCGCCCGGUGACACCCCUAGCUGUGCCUCACCGGCUGACAUCUGAAGAUGAAUUCAGAGGAUAUCGGUUGCCUGCGGGCUCUGUAGUCGUGGGAAAUUCAUGGGCUAUGCUGCGCGACGAGCGAAUAUUUCCUGAUCCAGAUAUCUUUCGUCCGGAGCGUUUUCUCCUUGCCGAUGGUCGCCUGAAUACAGAGAUGAAAGACGCUGAGGCGCCCGCUUUCGGAUUCGGGAGACGAGUCUGCCCUGGUCGCCAUCUGGCGUACGCAUCCUUAUGGAUCUCAAUCGCUUCGAUAUUGUCUACACUCGAUAUAUACAAGCUUAAAGACGAGCGGGGAAAAUACAUCGAACCAAGUGGCGAGUAUACCACCGGGCUCGUAACAUACCCCUUGCCGUUCAAGUGCGGCUUCCGACCACGUUCGCAGGAGAUCGAAGUUAUGGUCCGCUCUACCGCAGAUGACUUUGAGUAGUCACUGACAAUGCUUCGGUACUUCUCCAUAUGUAUAUGUACGACGCUAAUACACAUGAGAUUACCUGCGUCUGUAACGGAUAGUUGCAUCAGCUGUGCUAAUGAUGAACGUUUAACUUGUGUAUUGGUGAGAAUCCGACGCUGCGGAUUCGUCGCUGCAGGUGUUCUCCCCGAAGCACCAAAGUUUCACAGAUGCGUCGACCGUCAUAGGCUGCGGACGUCUG